AUGGAUGCUGAGUAUAUCUUAUGCAUCUGGAAAGACCAGUUAUGGCCAGCAAAGGUUUUAUCCAGAUCUGAGAAUUCAUCAAAUGAUCAGAUAAAUAAGGUAUUUUCCCUAGAAGUUCAAAUACUUUCACUAGAUGAAAAAAUUAAAGUAGAAAGCACAGAAAUAAAGAGCCUAAAUAAAUCUCAAAUUGAAGACAUUUAUUCCUCACUAGCAUCACAGUCAGAGGUCAGUGCUGUACCUAGAGAGGAAACAGCUUAUGAAAGAUCACUUAAAGUGGCACUGGAUAUUCUGAAUGAGACAACAAAUUUUAGUCAAGCAAGCACUUCAGGUGAAGAAGAGAUCAAUACACUGUCUCAAAAUGUACCACAAAAUCGAUCUGAUUCACCUCCUCUGACAAAAUAUCGGAGGUGCGAAGGGGACUUGGAGGAGAGUCUUGAAGAAAGUGAAAACCCAACAGACUUAUUUGUAUCUUUGGAGAGUGAUGAUUCCCUGAAUGAUGAUAAAUCUCAGGUACACACCAGUGAAAUGGAAACAAUACCAUCACAAAAUUCCAGCUGGUGCCAAAAUCUCCCUUCAUUUUCAGAAGAUGAGGAUGAGAAAGAAAGCAAGGAAAAGAUUGACAUCUCAACAGUUAUGUCCUUGUAUUCCACAGUCAAAGAGGAGGAAAAGUACGUUAAAGAUGAAAAGUUUGUUCCAAUUCUGCCAUCAGAAAUCCUCACUGUGCCCAAGGCUUUGAAAGAGGAGCCAGAGGACACCUACCCAGAGAUUCUGGCUACUUCCCCUGAAUGCUCUUCUCUCUUAGAGAAUAUUGAGGAUCCUGGAGAGGGUCCCUCAAAUCCAGGCUUAGAUAUCAGCCAGAACCAACCUUCUAUAGAACCAGAGAUGGGGGCCAUGUCAUCUCCUGAGCAUGAUUCAGGUGAACCCCAGUGUUCACUUAGUACCUCUAACCAUGUCCUUGAUUAUUCACACCAUCUUAUGAGUAAUAAAACAAGUCUUCAGAGACUGGACUGUGAUGACCUUGACGAAGAAUUCCAAGGCAAGUCAUUGCAUAGCAGUCGUAUUGAUGCGGCUCUGCUAGAUGACAAUGAGGAAGAUGAAGAACUUCCACGCAUGGUUUUUCAUUAUGAGCCACGUACAUUUGAGGCAGGAAUGAUAGUCUGGUUUAAAUAUCAAAAAUACCCAUUUUGGCCAGCAGUGAUAAAAAGCAUCCGGCGAAAAGAGAGGAAAGCAAGUGUGCUUUUUGUUGAGGUGAGCAUGAGUCCUGAAAAGCGAGGUGUUAGAGUGCCCUUUAGAAGGCUAAAGAAAUUUGAUUGUAAAGAAAAACAAGCACUAGUGGAUAAAGCCAGGGAGAAUUACAGUGAAAGUAUUGACUGGUGCCUAUCACUCAUUUGUGACUACAGAGUUAGGAUUGGCUGUGGUUCUUUUGUGGGCUCUUUUUUUGAUUAUUAUGCUGCAGACAUUAGUUAUCCGAUCAGAAAAACAAUGAAACGGGAUACCUUGAGGGAUAUUUUUCCAAAACUGAAUAAUGAAGACAAUGUGGAAACUAUGGUUGUGACUUCCCAAACCAAGAAAAUGUCCUUCCAAAAAAUUCUCCCUGACCGAAUGAAGGCUGCUCGUGACCGAGCCAACAAGAACCUAGUCGACUUCAUUGUGAAUGCAAAGGGAACAGAGAACCAUCUUCUGGCCAUUUUAAAAGGCACAAAAGGAUCCAAGUGGCUGAAAUCAUUUUUGAAUGCCAAUAGAUUCAUGCCCUGUAUUGAAACAUACUUUGAGGAUGAAGCUCAGUUGGAUGAUGUGGUAAAUUAUUUACAAGAAAUCUACAAACAAAUAGAUGAAAGAAUGUUGACUUUGAUAAAAGGUGAUAAAAUUAAAUUUAUCCUGGAAGUUCUUCUGCCAGAAGCAAUCAUUUGUUCAAUUUCUGCUGUUGAUGGAUUAGAUUACAAAGAAGCUGAAGCAAAGUAUCUAAAGGGACCAUCUCUAGGAUAUAGGGAAAGAGAAUUAUUUGAUGCAAAAAUCUUAUUUGAAAAGAGAAGAAAACCACCAAAAAAUGAAUCUCAUUAA